AGCAUCGCUUCGGCCUCGAAUUCAUUAUUGGUUUAAAAAGCCAGACUCGGUCUCGCUCAGAUACAAAUCUAAAAACCUUAGGAGUGAAGAGUGUAAUUCAAUUCUUACUUGAUCUGACUGGAAAAGAUUUUAUUUGUGAACUAAACUAGGGUUUUAGUGAAACAUGGCGGAGCAUAAGGAGAAUCCGGUGGAGUCGAUAAUGGAGAAGAUAAGUGAGAAGAUACACGGUGACGAUCACGAUUCAUCCUCGUCCUCGGAUUCGGAUUCCGAAACUCAGAAAUCGGCCUCCUCAUCGUCAGUAAAGCCUAAGGUUUUCCGUUUGUUUGGCAGGGAGCGACCCGUUCACCAUGUUUUUGGUGGUGGAAAGCCUGCCGAUGUAUUAUUAUGGAGAAACAAGAAGAUUUCUGCUGGUGUACUUGGUGGAGCGACUGCCGUCUGGGCUCUUUUUGAGUUGGUUGAAUACCACCUGCUCACUCUGGUCUGCCACAUUUUAAUCCUAUCACUCGCAGUCUUGUUCAUGUGGUCCAAUGCUCACAGCUUUAUCAAUAAGGCUCAACCUCGUAUCCCUGAAGUUCAUCUUCCUGAGGAGCCAUUUCUACAGUUUGCUUCGGCAUUGACAGUUGAGAUCAACAGGGCUUUGGCAAUAUUGCACAGUAUUGCAUCUGGAAGAGAUUUAAAGAAGUUUCUCAUAGUUAUAGCAGCCUUGUGGGUCUUGUCUAUUGUGGGGAGUUGGUGCAACUUCUUAACCCUGUUUUAUAUAUCAUUUGUUUUGCUGCACACGGUACCUGUUCUUUAUGAUAAGUAUGAAGACAAGAUUGACCCCUUAGCUGAGAAGGCAACGAUCGAGAUUAAAAAACAGUAUGCAGUUUUUGAUGGGAAGGUUCUGAGUAAGAUCCCAAAAGGUCCAUUGAAAGCCAAGCGAGUUUAGAAGGUCAUACUAUUUAACUGUUAUGCAUCGUGUUUUUUUUUUUUUAAAUGAAUGAGUCUUGAUUGUUUAGAAAAACACCAUGUUGUACCACUUUUCUAUAUUCAAUUUAUUUAUAUAUUCUGGUGGGUGGUGUACGUCCUUUUUCUCUAUAUCAAAUUGCAAAUGCGAGUUUGUUCAUCAUUUCCA